AUGGGAUCGCUUGAAAGUGCGAUUACCGGAGCAGUAGCGUCUUGUUUCGCUGAUACAGUUGUAUACCCUUUAGAUGUAGCCAAGACUUUUGUCCAAACUCAAGCCAAACGAGACAAAACAAGAGAUCUUGAAGAUCGAACCGAUGGUGAGGAAUUCUACGACAAUACUGGCGACGCUUUGAUCAAAAUAUUCAAAAAAAGGGGUUUUUCGGGACUUUACCAAGGGCUUCCUGCGUCUCUUUUGGCGGGAUUUCUUCAAAGCUUCUCCUACUUUUUCUGGUAUAGCGUUGUCCGAAAAACGUUUUUUAGGUACAAAGCCGCCCGAGGUAAAGUGUCGAAAUUCAGCACGCCCGAAGAGCUUAUUUUGGGAAUUCUGGCCGCUGCAGUUUCUCAACUAUUCACAAAUCCGAUCAAUGUCAUUUCCAAGCGUCAACAAACUGUUUCUAGAUCUGACGGUGCCAGGAUCAAAAACAUCGUUAAACAAAUCGCUAAUGAUGAUACCCAUUAUACUGGAUUUUGGAAAGGUCUGAAAGUUUCUUUAAUUCUCACUGUUAACCCUUCCAUCACCUAUGCGUCUUAUGAGAGGCUUAAGGAUCUAUAUUUUACGACGAGCAGCAGUAUCCACCAAGGCGAGUUGCUUGAUUCGUCUGCACAACUAACGCCCCGUCAGAACUUCAUUUUAGGUGUCUUAUCCAAGAUGAUCUCCACAAUCAUCACCCAGCCACUUAUCAUAUCGAAAGCUUGGCUGCAGCGAUCCAAUACCAAAUUCAAAUCGUUUCAAGAGGUCCUGGUGUAUCUUUAUAUGCAUGAAGGAGUGCUGGCACUUUGGAAAGGGCUUCUUCCACAAAUAUUCAAAGGCGUCCUGGUUCAAGGCCUUAUGCUUAUGCUCAAGGGAGAGUUCACGAAGCUCAUGAGACGCCUUUUCUUAUUUCUAAGAGUUCUGCGAAAUUCAAAGCGUAUAACAGCAGUGUCAUCAAGGUGA